UCGACUGGAACAUGUAAGUUACUAACAUUAGCCGUGUUGGUUAACUUAACCUUUGGUUAAUGCAGGGUCAAAAAUAAACACCGGUCAAGCACCAUAUGCACUGAACAAGACUAAAAGUCCGGUCUGGCAAAAAAAUUAAUUAACGUUGGGUGUCUGUCGGUAUAUGUUGCCGCUAAGUAUGAGUACAUCACAACAGUGGCUAACAGUAACAGCCUGUGACGUUAACAUUGACAUGAUAAACAGCAGGGCUUCGGCUACGCUACUGACAUCCCCAACCACACACACACACACACACCCACCCACCCACACCGGAGAGCCUCUCUUUGAGCCGCUAGCUCGGCUUAAACGCAGGUAACGUUAGUAACGUUACACAGUAACUCCUAGGGCCGCGAAUGUGCUUCUACCUGUAUUUAAUGGUAGUUAGCGUUAAGUCUUCAGCCCUGUGAUGUCUCCUUUCUUUUUCUUUAGGAGUUAGAGGCCAGUGUUAUUGCUGCUGCACAAGGCCUCAUAAACGUGCUAACACAAAACAUUCAGCAGCAUCACACCCCAGCACAGCAGAAUCCAGAGCAGUCACAUGAGCACCAGAAUCGACAACAAGCACAAACAACAAAACAAAAUGUGCAGGAGGAGAUGGCCAGGUCGUUUCCUGGCUUCUUUACCAAAAGGAAAGGCAAAAAACGCUUUUCACCUUUACAAACCACUCCAGGGAAGCCGAAAGUCUGUAAGAUAUUCAGUGUGUAUGUAUAUUUGGUGAAUAAGGGCUGUACCAGCACGCCUUCUGCAGCUGAAGAGCUGGAGUUGAGCCAAGCAGGGUUGGGGAAGAGGUCCCUCACUUUGACGGAGGAUAUGAGCCAUGCAAUGGUUUUGCAACCACUCUUUUAAUUGAAAUUAAUCAUCAUUUUGGCAUUACAGUACACACUAUUAUUAAAAUUGUCAGUAUAGUUAUUGUGAUGCUAUUACUAUACAAAACAAUUUAAAGUAUUAUACUGUUAUUUGUUUUAUUAUACUGUCCUUUUUUUAAACCUCCUUUUCACAUUUCUGUUAUUCAUUUCACAGGUAAAUAAAAUUCUCAUUGAAGAAUAUCCCAAAAUGGAGGGGGUGGAAGGGUGGUUGUUCUACAAGGCUUCAGGUGGCCACGGUAGAAGAAAAUUGCUUGCCAUUCCUCCUGAUGUAGACGGUUAUACAGGUAGACUGAUUCGCAGUGUUUUGAGUGCUGGGAAGACGACCAUGUACAUUGUUCCACUGCAGCAGGACCUUGAUCUUACUCCACUGCCAUCUGAUGCCACUGAAUUUCAAAAAAUGCCUAAGGCAGCAUGCCAAGUGUGCAAAGAAAACAUGCCUCUGCAUAUCUUAGCAUUGCACAUCGAGAAUUGUAUGGAGUCUGCAGCAGAUGAUGAUGAGGACUGGCAAAGUGAGGUCCAGGUUCUUUCUGUCACAAACUCACCACUUGUGCGCCCUAACAAAGAGUCCAGAGAUUGUGGCCAGGAUAGAAAGGAAUGCCCUAUAUGUUGUGGCUGCUUUCCAUCAGAUGAAAUUGUUCUGCAUGCAAGCCUGUGUGGUGAAAGUCUACAGGACACUUUGAACUACAGUACAGACAGCUGUGUGCUACGCGAGGGAAACUUAUCUAUGGCCGACAUGUCUAGUGACGAUGAUGUACUCCAGUGGCUUGCAAGCCAAGUAGAUGCAAGCAAAGAUUUUAAGAUCUGCAUCACCCGGGACAACCUUUUCCAAAGAGGCCUAAUUCAGUGGCAGAGACAGAAGAAGGGCUCACCUGUCAACAAACUCAAUGUGACAUUCAUUGGCGAAGCUGGAAUCGACACUGGAGCAUUAAGCAAAGAAUUUUUGACUGAAAUGAUGCAUGGCAUUGAGAGGCGACUGUUUGAGGGCAGUGGCAAGGGAAAGAGUCCUGUCUACUCAAUUUGUGACCUAGAAAAUGGUUUCUACAGAACUGCAGGAGAAGUGUUUUCUGUCAGUCUAGCUCAGGGUGGCCCAGCACCAUGCUUCUUCAGAAAUUGGUGUUACCAGUUUCUUACAACAGGGGACUUUGAUGCUCUGCAACUGACCAAAGAUGAUGUGGAUGAUCUUGAAUAUGCUUUACUCAUAGAAAGGGUGGAGGCAGCAACUGAUCUGACACAGUUCACAGAUGAAAUUGUGAGUUGUGGUUACACGGGUUUGCUUAAGUUGGACCAAAAGGACAGUAUCAUAAGAGCCAUUGUUCUGCAUGCUACAAUGCGUCUGACUCCCAUGCUUCAGCAAAUUAGAAAUGGGAUGAAGGUCUACAACCUUCUGGAUGUGAUUGGGAAGCAUCAAACUCUCUGCUCAAACCUGUUUGUCCCCAAAAAGGAUGAUGACAGAGUAAGGAUGCUGGACAUUAAAUCAUCCUGA